AAACAAGCUCAGGACAUAGUAAGUCAGGCAAUGAGACAGGCAAAGUGGGCACAUUUGACCUAGUGCUGUUUUUAAAGUGGGGGAUAAGUUACUGGAUUUGUUCAAUAGGUCCCUUUAGGCGGGAAAGCGGCGGAACUGGCAACCCUCGCUAACUGUCCGCUGUGCCCGCACUACGCAUGACCCCUGACGGAGAGCAGAGCUGCACCGCGACGAGAACAACCGUUUAGUUCUACCUGGGAAGAAUUUGGUAAACAGAUAUGGAUGAUUGGGAUGAAGAGGCAACUGCUACCAGUGCUAUUACACUAACCAGCCACACCUCAAAUGAAGUCACACAAGGAGACUCAUGGAACGCUGGUGGUGGUGAAUUUGGAGGGGGUCGCGGUGGAAGAGGCAAAGGCAGACGAGGGGGAUUUACAAGCUCAUUCUCAGGUGAUGAGAAUGGGAAUGACAGCUGGAACAAUACAGGAGGGGAAAGAGGUGGUUUCAGAGAUAGAGGCGGUCGAGGGCGUGGCAGAGGAUUUUGCAGAACGGAUCCGAGUGAAUUCACUGGAGAUGACGAUGGAGUGUGUGAAAAUGGGUUUAGAGGAGGAAGCCGAGGAGGAAGAGGCAGCAGAGGAGGUCGAGGUUUCAGACAAGGUGGUGAGCGGGGUGGCAGAGGAGGCUUUGGAGGAGUGUCUUGUGUCAUUGCAGGUUACAGAGGAAAAGAUGAACAGGUCUUUGCUCAAGGGGAAGAUAAAGAUCCAGGGAAUGAUGCAAGUGAGGGUGACAGACCAAAGAUCACAUACAUUCCACCAACCCUACCUGAAGACGAAGACGCCGUGUUUGCCCACUACGAGACAGGCAUUAACUUUGAUAAGUAUGACGACAUUAUGGUUGAUGUCAGUGGAACCAAUCCACCAGAGGCACUCAUGACUUUUGAUGAGGCAAUGUUGUGCGAAUCCCUGAGAAAAAACGUCAGCAAGUCUGGUUACGUGAAGCCGACCCCUGUGCAGAAGCAUGGCAUCCCGAUCAUCUCUGCCGGCAGAGAUCUCAUGGCCUGUGCCCAGACUGGAUCUGGUAAAACGGCUGCGUUCCUUCUCCCCAUUCUGCAGCAGCUGAUGGCGGACGGUGUGGCAGCCAGUCGCUUCAGUGAGCUGCAGGAGCCUGAGGCCAUCAUUGUGGCCCCAACCAGGGAGCUCAUCAAUCAGAUUUACCUAGAGGCCAGGAAGUUUGCUUUCGGGACGUGUGUGCGUCCGGUGGUUGUUUAUGGUGGAGUCAGCACUGGAUACCAAAUAAGGGAAAUAUCAAGGGGCUGCAAUGUGCUGUGUGGAACACCAGGGAGACUGUUGGAUAUGAUUGGAAGAGGAAAGGUUGGGCUGCAGAAGCUGCGGUACUUGGUGCUGGAUGAGGCUGACCGUAUGCUGGACAUGGGCUUCGAGCCUGACAUGCGGCGCCUGGUGGGCUCUCCUGGAAUGCCAUCCAAGGAGGACCGUCAGACUCUGAUGUUCAGUGCCACCUAUCCUGAGGACAUCCAAAGGAUGGCGGCAGACUUCCUCAAGACUGACUAUUUGUUCCUGGCUGUGGGUGUGGUGGGAGGAGCCUGCAGCGAUGUGGAGCAGACAUUUAUUGAAGUUACCAAAUUCUCCAAGAGGGAGCAGCUACUUGACCUCCUGAAGACCACAGGAACGGAGCGCACCAUGGUGUUUGUGGAAACCAAGAGACAGGCUGAUUUUAUUGCCACUUUCCUGUGCCAGGAGAAGGUUCCAACCACCAGCAUUCAUGGUGACCGCGAGCAGCGUGAGCGAGAGCAGGCCCUGGCAGACUUCCGCUCCGGCAAGUGUCCGGUCCUGGUGGCCACCUCUGUCGCCGCCCGUGGCCUGGAUAUUCCAGAUGUGCAGCAUGUGGUGAACUUUGACCUCCCCAACAACAUUGAUGAAUAUGUCCACCGUAUUGGGAGAACCGGCCGCUGCGGUAACGUCGGGAGGGCGGUGUCUUUCUACGACCCAGACGCUGACGUCCAGCUGGCUCGAUCCUUGGUCACAGUCCUCUCCAAGGCUCAGCAGGUAGUGCCCUCAUGGUUAGAGGAGCACGCAUUCUCUGGCCUCAGUACAGGCUUCAACCCCCCCAGGAAGAACUUUGCCUCCACAGACUCCAGGAAGGGAGGAUCCUUUCAGGACAACAUGAUGAAGAGCCAGCCGGCUGCUCUGGCUGCAGCUGACGAGGAAGAAUGGGAAUAGAGAGAUUAUUGUAGCAGCACACCCACACACAAUUGACCUGAGUUCUUUUUCUUUUCAGGUGUUCAGCUUGUUGGAGUUUUAUCACCGUGGUUUUCUUUCAGUGAAAAAAAUAGUUUGUCUCAGGCUGGACAAUGGUAAAAAUGUCAAGUGAGAUGUUAAAGCAAGGAAAACAACUUUUGUAUAAUCUGUCAACUUUAUCUUCACUGACCAGCACAUUAUGGAAAGUUUUUUUGUUUGUUUGUUUUACUCCUUUUUAAUCAUCACUUGCAUUUAACAUAGUUAUGUGUCUGACUAACAGUUAAACUAAAUAAAUGCGUUCAAA